GAGCCUUUCCAGAUGUGCCAGCUGUCAGUUCCAUGGACACUGACGCCCACGUACCUGAGUCCUGUCGCUGUCCUCGUCCAUCCCUUUGUGUACCAUCUUCUGAGCAGGAUAAUGCACCAUGUCAUGAAUUCAAAUCAUCUCAAACUUGAACACCAGCGAGUUGUACCCCUAAAAACAACCUGAAUGUAAACUUCAGGAUGUGAACAUUUUUCUUCUUUUAACCGUAAAUUUAAGAAGACAGUCUUUUCAGAGGCUCUAAAGGUGCUGAUGGUAAAAUCUGCAGCUUCAUUAAAAGCCCAGCGGGGUUACGACUCAGCUGCCCAGUUUAAGCUGAAUUCAGACCAAUAUUUACUGUUAAAUGUGUGAGCAUGUGUACCGUACACCUCAUACAUAUAUUACACACUUGAAUGUCUCCACACAGUCUGUUUGUUUGAACCACAAAAUCUGUCAUUAAAUGUCAAUGCUGGGUGUGUGCGUGUACUCGUAUUUCUCCCAUCGUGGGGUCUUGAUUUCUUUAUUGGGAAAACCCCAAAACAGUUAUUGUCAAUAGGAAGUGUGUGUGAGCAUUUACUUGUAUUUCUGACAUUGUGGAGACACAUUUGACUCAUUCAGGGACUCAACAUCACUUUCAGCUUUCUUUAAGACUGUAGAGGCGACGGUGUGAGUUGUUGCUGUUUCCCGUGUGAACUCGUCGUCGGCUGUUUGUCGGCGUUUCUGUGGCAACGCCCUGAACUGUCCUCGCUGAUAAGGACACUGUGGGCAGAUAAACACGACGGUGCUCGAUGGCUGAUUAAGCCCAGAUGAAACAUUAGUUUUUCAUAAUAAGAAAUAUAAUUAUAUAUAAUCAUUAUUUCUUUUACUUUGGGGCCAUACGCUAUUAGUUUUUGAUCCUUUCUUUUUGGUUUCCUUUAUUUGAAUCUCUUCUCCAUUAAUUUUGAUGUCACAGGAUUUCUGCUCAAGCCUGUUCGACCCAUUUGUGCGAUUACAUAAUAUAUUUCAUAUAUGCAUAGCCUGGAUACUGCAAACAAACCUCUGGUGUAUUUGAGGUGUCGACAUACAAGUUACUGUUGAAGACAGUCACACUUCUUCCCUCAGCAAGUGUUUGCAAAGACUGAGCUGUUAAUGUUUAUUCUGUGUUUCAGUCUCGUCUGCUCAUCUCCUCCGUCUGUACGACAGGUUUGAGAGUCUGGACAGAGACAACAGAGGAUGCCUCAGCCCUGAUGACUUCGAGGCGCUCGGAGGUUUGGCCAUGAACCCCAUCGGAGGCAGAAUCAUGGAAGCCUUUUUCUCCUCGGGACAGGAUACCGUGGACUUUUCCUCCUUUGUCCGGAUUCUGGCUCAUUUCCGUCCAACUGACAGAAACCGAAACAAAGAAGGAGCACAGCAGGAGCUCCCCAGCAGCAGGACCAGGAAGCUCAAAUUUGCCUUUCAGCUGUACGAUAUGGACCGAGAUGGGAAGAUUUCCAGAGAGGAGCUUCUUCAGGUUCUGCGGGCGAUGCUGGGGCUGCAGGUGACGGAGGAGCAGCUGCAGAGCAUAGCUGAGCGAGCCAUUCAGGAGGCCGACCUCGACAAAGAUGACGCCAUCUCCUUUGACGAGUUCAAAAAGUCACUGGAGAAAACGGACAUUGAUACCAAGAUGAGCGUCAGCUUCCUGAAAUAAAGACACAACCUGCUAAGAAUUUACAUCAGCACAAAGAUCCCAGCAGGAAACAUCUGCAGAUUGAGAUCAGCUCUCAAACAAACUGGAGAUCUGGUGGAUGAACUGAUGUUACUCCUGUGCACGCUGGGCUGAACACACCUGCAACAUGUUAACAGUCUUAAAAAGGGAAAUAAUAAAGUUUUAUUCAAACCUUUUAA